AUGUCUGCUACCAACGGUGUCAACGGCAACGGCAUUGCCAGCCGCAAGCACUUCAACGAGGGCAACUUCCUCUUCACCUCCGAGUCUGUCGGUGAGGGUCACCCCGACAAGAUCGCCGAUCAGGUCUCCGAUGCCAUCCUCGACGCCUGCCUGAGAGAGGACCCCCUCUCCAAGGUCGCUUGCGAGACCGCCACUAAGACCGGUAUGAUCAUGGUCUUCGGUGAGAUCACCACCAAGGCCAAGCUCGACUACCAGAAGGUUGUCCGUGACGCCGUCAAGGACAUCGGCUACGAUGACUCCGCCAAGGGCUUCGACUACAAGACCCUUAACCUGCUCGUCGCCAUUGAGCAGCAGUCACCCGAUAUCGCCCAGGGUCUCCACUACGAGAAGGCCCUCGAGCAGCUCGGUGCCGGUGACCAGGGUAUCAUGUUCGGAUACGCCACCGACGAGACCCCUGAGCUCUUCCCCCUCACCCUCCUCUUCGCCCACAAGCUCAACGCUGCCAUGUCUGCUGCCCGCCGUGACGGCACCCUCCCCUGGCUCCGCCCCGACACCAAGACCCAGGUCACCAUCGAGUACAAGCACGACAACGGUGCCGUUGUUCCCCUGCGCGUCGACACCAUUGUCGUCUCUGCCCAGCACGCUGAGGACAUCACCACCGAGCAGCUCCGCAAGGAGAUCAAGGAGAAGAUCAUCAAGAAGGUCAUCCCUGAGAAGUACCUUGACGACAAGACCGUCUACCACAUCCAACCCUCCGGCCUCUUCAUCAUCGGUGGUCCCCAGGGUGACGCCGGUCUGACCGGUCGCAAGAUCAUUGUCGACACCUACGGUGGCUGGGGUGCCCACGGUGGUGGUGCCUUCUCCGGCAAGGAUUUCUCCAAGGUCGAUCGUUCCGCUGCCUACGUCGGUCGCUGGAUCGCCAAGUCCCUUGUCAACGCUGGCCUUGCCCGUCGUGCCCUUGUCCAGCUUUCCUACGCCAUUGGUGUCGCUGAGCCCCUUUCCAUCUACGUCGAUACCUACGGCACCUCUGACAAGACCUCCGAUGAGCUCGUCAAGAUCAUCCGCGACAACUUUGACCUCCGCCCCGGUGUCAUUGUCCGCGAGCUCAGCCUGGACCGCCCCAUCUACCUCCAGACCGCCAAGAACGGUCACUUCGGUACCAACCAGACCUUCACCUGGGAGCAGCCUAAGACUCUCAAGUUCUAA